CAGAAUGCGGCGAGGGUGGCGUCGAGAGAGUAGAGUUGCUCUCUCCGUGCGUCGGGCGCUGUGUUUCCCAACAAUUUCAAAGUGAACAGUUGAGUGACAGUUUGAGAGGAACCGACAUGAUUGUCACCGACGAACUAGGCUACAAACUUAGGUAGCAGUCAUGGAUUCCAUAAGAAUGGAGGAGGGUCAUCCAUUUCCGUCGUUCUCGUCAAGAAACGUCACUUAGGGGUCGCCCCACCAUGAGAGUUUCGGGGGUGGCUGUCAUGGGUGGCGGUCGAAAUGGUCGUGGAACCUUGGUGAGAACCCUGGCCCUCGUCUUCCUGGCAACUCUUCUCUGGCUGCAAUUCCACGUGGCCAGUUUGACAAGUCGUUCUGGUUCACCGCCCUCAGGAAACGAGAGUCUGCUGAUGCUUGUGCCUCAGGAACUGCACAGGUUUCUAAAGGACAGGCGAAACUCGACAGCCGGAUCCAACUCGACGGCCGGAAUAUUUGGGAAUCUCACAAUAUCCGAGCUACGUCGACAGAUAGAAAAGGCUAAUCUAGAGCAGCGCGUCUUCAACGAAGAGGCGUUUGGUCCCCUGGCUUCCGACGCCCCGGUCAUCGUCAUCCAGGUUCACGCCAGACUCACUUACUUGAGGCACUUGAUCGUCUCUUUGGCACAAGCUAAGGGGAUCGAACAAACCCUCCUCAUUUUUAGUCACGACGUAUGGGAUCCGGACAUCAAUUUUCUCGUCCAGAGCGUCGACUUCUGCAGAGUUAUGCAGAUCUUUUAUCCUUAUAGCAUUCAGACUCAUCCCCACACGUUUCCUGGCGAGGAUCCCAACGAUUGUCCACGUAACAUUAAGAGGGAAAGCGCUCUGGUGAAGAAAUGCAUAAACGCGGAGCAUCCCGACCUCUACGGACAUUACAGGGAGGCGAAAUUCACGCAAACUAAACACCACUGGUGGUGGAAGGCGAAUCGAGUAUUCGACCAGUUAACCGUAACGAAAAACCACGUUGGUAUGGUUUUGUUCCUUGAGGAGGAUCACUACGUGGCCGAAGACUUUUUGCACGUACUUAGACUGAUGGAACGUACAUGUAAGCACAGCUGUGAACGUUGCAACAUUUUGUCGCUGGGGACGUACCUUAAAACUUACAGCUAUUACGCGGAUAACAAAAAGUUUCUCGGCGUCAAUGGUGUCCUGCAAAAGGAAAUGCUUCGCGGAUUAAAGAGACACAAUGGAAUCAUUCAGGGUGGCUUUUCCACCUAUCAAGGUGCUCAAUUGGUACAAGCUGCUGCCCCUGCUUGGGCAUUCCAGCUUUUGCCCAACCUCUACAACCAUUAUCAGAAGGCAGAGGUAACACCGUGGAUUUCUAGUAAACAUAAUAUGGGCAUGGCAUUCAAUCGCAUUACUUGGAACAAGCUGAGAGACUGUGCUUCCAAGUUCUGCUCUUACGACGACUAUAACUGGGACUGGAGCCUUCAACACAUCGCUCAAGGAUGUAUCCCACCAAGUCAAGGCUCCGGUGGCUUAUCUCACAUACAAUCUGGCCUAAUCGCUAUGGUGAUGAAAGCACCUAGAAUUUUUCACAUCGGAGAAUGUGGGGUUCAUCACAAGAAAAAUAACUGUGAAUCAACGUCGGUUAUUGAAAAGGUACAAAAUGUACUAAAGACUGCUAAAAAGCAUUUGUUUCCGUCUCAACUGACACUGACAAAUGCGGCUGUGGCUAAAAAGACAAAGUUGAGAAAAGGGAACGGUGGCUGGGGGGACAUAAGAGACCAUCAACUGUGUUUGAACAUCACACUGAAUCCUGAAUUGAGAUUACCUUGAUUGUGAUGAAGUAUGAGAGCCGAGCCUGCCAGUGAGAAAUUUUUAUAGUUGAAUGCGUCAAGAUUUCAUAAAUCAUUGGCCGCUCAACUGCAACUCGUUCAUGUACAGAAGCAUAUUGUGUAUAAAAUUGCUUGGACAUAGCAAAUCAACGAACUAAGUACUAUGUAUGAGAGAGCGUUGAAUUUAACUGCGUGUAAAAAACACACAGAAGGCGCUUUGUUGCGAAAAUACUGUCGUAUUAUCGAGAAUGUAGUUUUGCUUUGGACUUAUUCACCCAUAGAUGCUAAAACAGCAUUAAAUAGCAUCCGAAACAAGUCCAUUACAAAAGAGGAAAGAGAAAAAGAAAAUUUGUAUAGUAGUCAUUUCGACUGUAAUGAAAUUAUACGUUAGGUAUAUGUUUGGACAUUUGAUAUAAUAAUACCAAGAGAUUUGCAAGUAGUUGCGUGCUGAGCCUAAUGUAGUUACGACGAAUUAAUCUCUAGAAGUAAUCGCUGGGCGAUUACAGAGGGAAUGCUAAGAGCCAAAGGAAAGACAUAUUUGCCACUUAAGAUUACCUAGAGAAAACCAAUUAAUAUACAUUACAAAUAUGUAAUAUAAUCAAUUUCAUGCUCAAGAUAGUGUUAUAAUUAUCGUUAUUAUUAUACUUUUAUCAUCAUCGUCAUCAUCUUCGUCAUCGUGUUACUUUUUCAUUAUACAGUACGGUUAACUUUCUUUCUAGAUAGUAAUAAAUAAUUGAAUUAUUCAGAUCUUCUGAGUUGUAAAAGCUUACGAAUAUCAGUUACUUCCAGGGACUUGAAUAUGCUUGUAUUAUUACGUUAAUUACUUAACAGCGUACGUAGAUAUCGGUACAAAUUGAGUUGAUACUCGCAUGUACUUAUUAAGCAAAUGUAGUGGUGUAUUUUUUCAACAAUUGCUACUACUUGUAAACACAUACCUAAGUGUACACAGACAAUUCCAAGUUUCAGAUAAUUACACACUAUCCCAGAACCAGAAUCAGGCUCUAAUUCAGUUUGUGAUUAUAUUUAAGAUGAUAGAGAGUGUAGGUUCGUAAUCCGCGAAAAAACUGAAAUUUGAUACAUAUAGCUCUAUCUAUGGAUACCUAUACCUGUUUCCCAGUGUUGAAUACAAUUUGUUUCAGCGAGUGUGCUACUUCAUACAAAGGAGAAAACGAAGUAAGCGAAAAGAAAAUUGGCCAAUGCUAGUCAUUAGACAUAAAAUAGUGGCUUUUCAUCGCGGUAACAUCACUAAUUCUCACGAUGUUAAUGAAAUUUGUAAACCGUAAAGCUUGUUAAACAGGAUUGAUGUGUACGUAAAAAGCUGUCAACUUUAGUCGCGAUGGUUGAAAAAUCAUAAACAUGAGAAUAUUGGUAUUCUUUUUUAUGUUACAUAUUUAUUGAUGUCAGUCAGAAAUCAAAAAAUCGGACACUACUCUUAAUACGUGGCUACUACGUCAAUGAAGAUUGUAAUUUUCAGUUUUCAUUACAUAGUGUUAUAAUUAUUUGUAUUCCUUUCUAUCGAUCUGAGAUAUUAACUGACAUGAUAUAUUAUUAACACAAAAUUAUUAAUUACACGUUUGAAUUUUCGCGUUAGGAUAUUCGUACAGUCCUUACCCUCCUACGCAAGUACGAAAUAACUCCCAUAAAUGCCUAAUGAAAUUUCUUAUUUGAUGAAAAGUUUUUUAUUCCUUAUUUUGAUUUAAUUUUUUUUUAUACAUAUGACAAUAUUGUAAACUAUGCUGAUUACUUGAAAACGCACAUUAUACUCUAGUCACUAUAUGAAAUGUAAUGUAAUGAUAUUUGAUAUUGAAAUAUAAUAACCUGCUAAGCUUGUAACAGGUACUUCUAACUACAUACAUUAAUUUACAGUUUUAAAAUUAGAUAUAAUAUAGCGUCACGAGUAAAAAAAAUGAAGAUGAAAAUCUUACAAAUAUUUCGGUUUCAACGAAAUCAAGUUCAACGAAACCAUAAGCAAAUCAAGAACUAUUUUCCGAGUGCAACUUGAUCAUAAUACAAGACAAUUAUGAGACAUUUGAAUGAAUAAAGAUGAAACUCUUCAUCUUACUGUAUGUUCAAAUAUACAUAUACCUAUUAUAUUGAAUUGAAAUAAGUAAGCUUUUAACAUACAGUUUAUUUCAUACAGCUAACUAAGUUGAAACUCGUUCAAUUCGGGUGAGAAAAAUAUAUUAUAUGCGUUUCAAAUAGGUAAAUAUACGUGCAUACUUUCCGUCAUGAACAGUUAAUAAUGCGCAUGAAACUUACAAACAAUUAGACCUGUGGGGUCUAUACUUUGGAGUCCGAGGGUGUGAAAAAUAGAGA